GUGCAUUAAGUAUGCGAUAUAGCAUAGAUUGUUUUGACCAAGAAUCAAUUGAACUUUAUUUCUCUUAUUGCCAAUAGAGGGCGCAAUGUCUGAGAAGAAUAUUAUUAGGUCUUGUUUGCAAUACAGAAGUAUCCGAUUCACAUGUAUUGCGGAACGCAAAAAAAGAAAAACGCAAAUGAAACGAAAGGAUGUAUUGCGGAACGCAUAUUGUUCAAAGCAACUGUUACUAACAGCAUCCUAAAAGGAAGAAAUGUUACAGAACUCUCAGGGAUCGAAAAUUUUUAUAGAUUUUUUAUAAUUUCCUGAUCAACGCGUUAACACGAUGUUGUUAUCACGGAAACAAAUCGUGUACGAAUCUCUAGUUUCUAAGAUAGCCAUUUUGGCGGGUGACGUGUUUGCACGCCGAGUAUUGACAGCCAUAACAUAAAUGAUCGACGUUGCAUGUAACAUGGCGAUAUUCGUUUUUCGAAUGAACAGCAAGCAAAGACUAUGGUAAAUCAUCGUUCGAGUAACAAGAGAUUAAUACAAUUUUUCACAAUGGUGAGAGACAUUAAUAAGUUUGUGUGCCUACAGACAGUAAACAGAGGAAAGACCGCGUAUAAUUUUCAGUUGCGCUAGGGGAGGGGGGCAAUGCACCAUGGGAACAAUUUGCGACAGGCGCAUGCGCAGAUCAGUUUACAGUUGGAGCUUGGAAGAAAAUGGCGUCAGCUAAGUUUCUGGAGGAAGCUCUGAGCACGGACGUCGAUGAAUCCGCAGUGAACGCGAUAGUAGGCUCCCUCGAAACGCAACUGGUAACAUCGACGCCGGCUGUGUCUGGUCAUCAAGUAAGUUCUGCGUCAGUCAGCCAGCAGAAUCAUCAGGUGAACAGUGGUAUUUCCAACGGGGGCACCAUCACCGCGGUACAGCCGCAGAAACAUGGGGUUUCAAACGGUGGCGGUGCUAUCACUGUGAACAGUCUGAUGACUCAAGAAGUAACGAAGUCUAUUACCACGAGUACUCUUCUCCCUGUAAACGUGGUUACCUCAAACACAGUGGCGCCACAGGUUACUACACAACAGCAGCAACAGCAUACACAGUCAGCAGUCCCCCCUGCUGCUUAUAUUAAUCAAGUAACUACAAACCAGGUGACCAGUAAUCAAACAACAAAUAUACCAAGCCUUACUAAAGCACAUGAGCCUGUCAAGAUUAUUUAUCCAACUGUUGGUCAAGUGAUAGCAACUACGGGGGUAGCAAAUGCCAAUAAUAAACUCUCUUUUCCUGCACAAACUGUUGGACAACUGGCCAAUGGUACGUUGGGAAUAACAUCGCAGGCAGUGUUACAGACAACGUCGAACGUUUCUAAUGUUGGUUCUGUUAGUGAAACCGGUAGUCAAACAGUGGCCAGUGUAAAUAAGCCAACAGGUACAGCUUUGGUGAUAAAGACUAGUGUAGCACCCAGUGGUAUGGUUUCUGUUCCAAUGUCUGUUCCUGUUUCUGUGGCUGGCAAUGCUGUCAGCACAGCAUUACAGGGUAAAGCUGGGGUUACGUCUACAAUAGUACCCAGCAAUGUGCAAAUUGUCAAUGUAAAUACCAUGCGUCCUGGCACUCCAGUGGCAGGACAACAAGCUGGAAAGCAGGUUGCACCGAGAGUAGUAAUUGGUCAACACAUGCUUGGAACAAGACCUGGAGCUCCAGGGAUAACAUUACAAACAUUACAUGGUCUUCAACCCGGGACUCAAGGUCACAUAUUACUAAAAACAGAAAGUGGACAGUACCAAUUGCUAAGGGUAGGGCCACCUCCAACUGCAGGUACUCCUGGUGGUACUGCAGUUACACCAAAUAGUAUAGCGGGAAAUGCAGUGGUUGCUGCACCAUCUCCAGGCACUACCUAUCGCUUAGCCUCAGUGCCGGCUGUAAGUAGGCUGAACACACAGUUCACUGGCCCACCACUCGCCACCUUAAGAAAAUCUGUUCAGACAGUGGCUGCAACUAUUACAACAGCAACUACAACUCCAGCUACGGUGACUGCUGCUGCCACAACUACACCUACCCCACCUGUUACAACUGUUCAAACAGUGCAGACUCCUGCACCUCGUCAAACUACCGAUAAUACCAAAGAAAAGUGCCGUAAAUUUUUAGCAAACUUAUUAGAGUUAUCUAGUCGAGAACCUAAAGCCGUGGAGCGAAAUGUUCGAACUUUGAUACAAGAAUUAAUCGAUACUAAAGUUGAACCCGAAGAGUUCUGUGAUAGACUUGAAAGAUUGCUGAAUGCUUCACCUCAACCAUGUUUGAUUGGAUUUCUCAAAAAGAGUUUGCCACUUUUACGGCAAUCGCUUGUUACGAAAGAAUUGGUUAUAGAGGGUAUAAAACCACCUCCAGCCAACGUUGUUUUCCCUGUAACAUCAGCCACUCCCGUAGUAACACAGAAUCAGCUUAGACCAACUGUUGCUGUGGCAGCAGCAACAAUACCUGUAACUGCAGUUACUGCAACUACGCAAGUAAGGGUAAUGACUCCACUAGCUGCAGCUACAACCACAGUCCCUCGACCUCCUCAGCCAGUUCAACAGAGGCUGAUGCGACCGGUUACAACAGUAGUUCGGAGUCCUACAGCAUACACUGUAAAGUCAACGGUAGCGGUAGCUGGUAUUCGACCUACUGUUCCUACAGUGCAGAAACCACCUGUUACAACGACUGUUGUUAAGACAGUGACAACUACGACACAGGGAAAAACAAUCAACACAACCACUACUGUUAAUAAAGCCGUAGUGCCUUCUUUUGUUCCAAAGCCAGUUAUUAAAGAAAAAGAAAAGAAAACAUUUUCGUCUGCAGGAUACACGGGAGAUGACGAUAUCAACGAUGUCGCGGCUAUGGGGGGAGUUAAUCUUGCCGAGGAAUCGCAAAGGAUUCUCGGUUCCACAGAGUUUGUUGGCACACAAAUAAGAUCCUGUAAAGACGAAGUGUUUCUUCACAUGACCCCAUUGCAGCAAAGAAUUAAACAAAUUGUUUCUAAUUAUGGAUUAGAAGAACCUAAUCAAGAAGUUGCAGCGUUAAUAUCGCAUGCCGCACAAGAAAGGUUAAAGAAUUUAGUAGAGAAGUUAGCGGUAAUCGCAGAGCACAGGAUAGAUUUGAUAAAGGUGGAUCCACGAUACGAAGUAACGCAAGAUGUCCGGGCACAGUUAAAGUUCUUAGAAGACUUGGAUAAAGUCGAACGUAGAAGACACGAAGAGCAAGAAAGAGAGUUACUUCUGCGUGCCGCGAAAAGUCGCGCGAAAACGGAAGAUCCAGAACAAGCUAAACUUAAGGCGAAAGCGAAAGAGAUGCAACGUGCAGAAAUGGAAGAGCUAAGACAAAGAGAAGCUAAUCUGACAGCUUUACAAGCGAUUGGUCCACGUAAAAAGCCUAAACUCGAUGUAGGGGGGUCCGCCAGUAGUCCAGGAAGUAAUUCCGGUUUGAACACUUCAGCGACCGGAAUUAACCGACAAAUGCCGAUGAGACCGCGUUUGAAAAGGGUGAAUUUUCGAGACUUAUUGUUCCUUCUUGAACAAGAGAAAGAAACGUGUAGGAGCACAAUGCUGUAUAAAUCGUACUUGAAGUGAUGUUCUGUGAAGGGCAGGAACUUGAGUGACCCGCCCGAUAUUUGGCGCCCAACCUAUACGGUCUUGUGUGAGCUGGCCUCAAUGGACCUUGAUCGAUCAUGUAACGUUAGUGUACGUUGCAUUGUACAGUGUUUCAUAAGUUGCAUACGAUGAAAUUCAUUGCGAAUCACGUCGAGAUUCCACAUACAUUCAAAAUAAGAUUAUUUCUACCAUGUCGAUAAGCUUCCCUACUGUAAAUGACUGAAGAUUUUUUAAAUGUAAUAUAAUAGAUUGUUCUUUAUUUUUCAACACGAAAUCGCAUCAUUCAGAAGAGCAAUGUGUAUGAGCACAUGCUUCGAUGAUCAGUCUGGGGUAGUCUCCUGUGGUAAGGGUGUUGUGUGGCCAUAUAUAAAUGUUGUUAUAUGGUGCGUGUACGUUGUAUGUGGAAUGAAUGAGUGUACAUUGUCAUUUAUGUAUAUGCCUGCUGCAUUGUAACACUUGACCUAUACUUUUGGACACUGUAGCGCUAGUGUAAAGAGUGCAGGUUUUGUUAAUAUAUAGUAAAUCGUAUUUUUGCAAAUUAUAAUGUAACGAAACAAACGUAAAAAAAAAAAUGAAGAAGAGGAAAACUGUGAGCACACUGUCCAAAAAGUAUGGAAUUAUUUGUACAAUAUCUUACACCUAAAAAAAUACUAAAUAGUGAUAAUUUCAAUGUUGGUACAACAAAAUAUAGCUACUCUCCACCAUAAGAUGGAAUUGUUAUCAGUAUAUUAUGUUGUAAUCUACAUUUUCAGUGUUUAUAAAAGAAUUAGCUGUUA